AUGAAGACCUUGCGGUUCAUGUGUGCCCAAGCCCUGGUAUCCAAUGCCCAGAUCGCGAAGAGAAGUAUCGCCUCGGCUGCGCACAACCUGUACCCUUUGCUCUUCAAAGCGAGCUACAUGCUGGAGCAAGCCGCGCUCAUUCACGACUUAGUGGAAAGGUGGCCGUUGGCAGAAUUCAGCAUCAGGAAACUCCUGGGGAAGACCCCAGACUGCGAGGAAGAUCUGUGCAGCAGGACCUGCCUGCUCUGCCUGCAAGCGUGUGUGUCAGGGCUGAAGAGCUAUGUGUUGCACACCUCAGACACAUAUCUCAAGAGGCUGAAAGUGUUUGAUCUGACGGGCCUUGUAGACAGGGAAUCUCAGCCCUGCAAGUGUGGCAAAACCUUAGGGAGGUGGGGAAGAACGGAGUUGAUGGCACGGACCUGCUUUGACCUGCAGGUCGAGGUAGAGGCAUGUCAGCUCGGAAGCCUGGUGUCAGAUAUUUCAGUUGAGGUUUUGCUCAGCCUGUUUGUGACACAGCGGAACUAUGAAACAGUGGUUGAGGCCUUGCUGUUGAGAAAGCAGUGCCCACUGAAGAUCCAUUGCGUGGAGUUCAGGGCUGACAGUUUGUCCCUGAGGAACUUCUUCUACAUCAUCAAUCUGGUCAGGCCUGAGACACUGCAGAAGUUGGAAUUAGUCCACAACGUACACCUGGAAAUGGAGCAUUUUGAACUCCUCUUGACCCAAGUUGCAUUCCCGCAGCUCAGAUCGCUGACACUCCCGACAAGAACCUUUGACGUACGUGGAAUCACACAAGAGGGCGAACUUAUGUUGGUGAGAAUCGGCGAAAUGUUAAGUGGGAUGAAAUUUCUUACAGAACUGAGCCUGUCUUUUUCCAUUCUAACUGGACGAAUACGCAAGAUACUCAGUCCUUUAAAAACUCCUCUGCAGGUCCUGGAUGUGUCCAGUUGCUGUCUAAAUCAUGCAGACAUGGCUUACCUGGCCAACAGCCUGCAUGCUGACCACCUGGAACAGCUGGACCUGAGUGGCCAUGACGUGGCUGACCUUUUCCCAUCGACCUUCUUCAAGCUGCUGACCCGAGCAUCCGGCACUCUCAGGAGCCUAACCCUGGAGGAGUGUAACAUCGGUGACGAGCACAUCAACCUGUUGAUGCUGGCCGUGGAGCCAUGUAAACGGUUAACGGAGUUCAGCUUCCUGGGGAACCCCCUCACGUCAGGGUGCCUUCGUCGCAUGUUUGAAGUGUUCACAGAACUCCCUGCGCUUUGCAAAGUCGAGCUUCCAGUCCCCCGGGACUGCUAUCCCGCAUCCUGCACUUACCCACUCACGGAUGAGAACCUGGUGAAAUAUGACCAGGUGAAAUUCGAGGAGAUGAAUCAGGAGUGGAUGGCGAUACUGGUAGAGGCCGACCGAAGUGAUAUCGUUGUAUCAACUCCAAUCUUUGGCAGUUUCGAUGCCAACAUUCAAGAAACCAGCAAUGAAAUUGGUGUGGUAAUGCUUCAGUCAUUCAAAGAUGCUAUUUCCAACAUUUUAACUGCUUUGAAUGAUGUGGAUUAAUACAAAAGAGGUUCGGAGAGAGUAAAAUAUGUUUUUUUUGUUGUCAUUUUUUAACCGAGGGGAGAAGAGAUUUUUUCUUUUAUGAAACAAGUUAAAAACUGAAGUACAGUGGCUGAAAUGUUGUUGAACAUACUUGCAGUGAUUACUCCCAGAAAGGUAUGGAUAUAUUUGAACAGGGAAAAAAAAUACUGGAAUAUAAAAGCAGAGUGUAGUUCACUGUAUGAUCAAUAAUCUUCUCUCUACUCUGGUCCCUCACUAACAGCACUGAAACUGAAAACCACACAGAAGUAAAGAUAGCAGUCGCUACCUUCUUGGGUGGUCUCUCAUUCACUAAUGAAAGAAUAAAUCAGUCAAACCUU